AUGCACGUCCGGGGCGUGGAUGCAUGGCCACGGUCCACGCCGCUGGGAUCACACCUUGGACGUGACAAGCUCCACGUCCACCAUCUGCCAUCUUACCUUAUCCCGUCCCAUCACUCUGUCUGCAGUCAACAGCCGCCUCCAUCAACACACGACCAUUACACCAUCCUCUCCCUUCCUCUGUCUGAGCAACUGUCAGGUCUCACUUCAUAGGGGGGCCAAAAUCCUUGUGAACUUGGGUAUCAUUCCUCUCGCCCUUGCAAGAGUCGCGCCGACGCUACCAUCGUCGCCAAGGAACCUAACUAAAAAGACGUCCAUGCCGCCCGACGAACAGAUAGCGCGCGAAUGAAUGUCUCUCCCACCAAAAUACCAAAACGUGAUACCGAAACUAGAAAGAAAUGACUCGUCGAAGGGUGGGGUGGAGGGGAUAAGAAAGAAACAAGUGUUAAGUGCUGAGCCAGAUUGCCCUCCAAGCCCCCUUUUCACAACUCGUCCAACUCUCCCCCAGUAUAAAAGAAAAAAAAGAUGAAAAAAUAAAGAUGAAAAAGUCGCUCUCUCUCUCAAAAACAAAAAAACAAAAACACCAAUACGGAGGUUGCCAUGCUCUUCGAGUUUGGAUCCUCCCCAAGGAACGCCAACCCCCACUGCUUUUCCUCAUGUGAUGG